UGCCGCCGCUUCCGGUCCGGGUCUACGCGGUUUCAUUAGACUGCAUGGCUUCUGCGGGUCCGGACAGUUUUGAGAGAGCUCGUCGUUGAGUCAAGACACCAGCGCGGGCAUUGGGACUCUGCAGGCUGCGGUUUCGUGGCAGGAUCGGAAGAAAGGCCAGGAACUUGAAUUCAGGCCUAACCUCGGUUUCCGAGGGGGCCGAUUUUUCUGCAGGAACCCAUCAGCCCUGGUAACGGCCAAAGAGGAGAUGGCGCCAGUCAGGGAGCGGCCGUGGCCGACACAGUGAGGAAGCGCGCGGGCCGAGCGGCCGGAGGAUCCUCGGGAGGAGAGCCAGCGCCGUCGCUGCCGCCACCGCCGCCGCCAGCAUGGAAGGGGCCAAGCCGACACUGCAGCUGGUGUACCAGGCGGUGCAGGCGCUCUACCACGACCCGGAUCCCAGCGGCAAGGAGCGCGCCUCGUUUUGGCUGGGGGAGCUGCAGCGUUCGCCUCUUUGAAAUGUGCUGCUAGUGGGAGCUGCAGCUUCCUCCUGCUGACUGAGCCCCAGGCUUCGGUUGAGAUGGUCCUUUCAGAAAUGUGGAGCUUAGUCCAAGCCUGGAUUUCAGUGGGUAGCACCUGGCAUCUGUGGCUAGGAAGUCCUAUCAAGUGUUCAUGCAUGGGAGAUUUCAGAUCAGUUGUUACAGAUUCGGCAGGAUGUGGAGUCCUGCUAUUUUGCUGCCCAGACCAUGAAAAUGAAGAUUCAGACCUCAUUUUAUGAGCUCCCUACAGACUCCCAUGCCUCAUUACGGGACUCAUUACUAACUCACAUCCAGAACUUGAAAGACUUGUCACCUGUCAUUGUAACGCAGCUGGCUUUAGCAAUAGCAGACCUUGCUCUACAGAUGCCUUCAUGGAAGGGUUGUGUACAAACAUUGGUGGAAAAAUAUAGCAAUGAUGUAACUUCUUUGCCUUUUCUACUGGAGAUCCUCACAGUGUUACCUGAAGAAGUACAUAGUCGCUCAUUACGAAUUGGAGCUAACCGACGUACAGAAAUUAUAGAAGAUUUGGCCUUCUACUCUAGUACAGUGGUGUCUCUACUGAUGACUUGUGUAGAAAAAGCAGGAACAGAUGAGAAAAUGCUUAUGAAGGUCUUCCGAUGUUUGGGAAGUUGGUUUAACUUAGGAGUUUUGGAUAGUAACUUUAUGGCUAAUAAUAAGUUACUAGCACUCCUUUUUGAAGUUUUGCAACAGGAUAAGACCUCUUCCAACCUACACGAGGCUGCUUCAGAUUGUGUGUGCUCUGCUCUCUAUGCCAUAGAGAAUGUGGAGACAAACUUGCCACUAGCCAUGCAACUUUUUCAGGGAGUCCUGACAUUAGAGACUGCCUAUCACAUGGCUGUGGCCCGUGAAGAUUUAGACAAAGUUUUAAAUUACUGCCGAAUUUUCACUGAACUAUGUGAAACUUUCCUUGAGAAAAUAGUUUGUACUCCAGGCCAAGGUCUUGGGGACCUAAGAACUCUAGAACUGCUUCUGAUCUGUGCAGGACAUCCUCAGUAUGAGGUAGUAGAAAUUUCCUUUAACUUUUGGUACCGACUAGGAGAGCAUUUGUAUAAAACUAAUGAUGAGGUCAUUCAUGGCAUCUUCAAAGCUUAUAUUCAGAGGUUGCUUCAUGCCUUAGCACGACACUGCCAGCUGGAACCAGACCAUGAGGGUGUUCCUGAAGAGACUGAUGACUUUGGGGAGUUUCGAAUGAGGGUAUCUGACCUGGUGAAAGAUUUGAUAUUCUUGAUCGGGUCUAUGGAGUGUUUUGCUCAGUUAUAUUCCACUCUGAAAGAAGGCAACCCCCCCUGGGAGGUGACAGAAGCGGUACUCUUUAUCAUGGCUGCUAUAGCAAAGAGUGUUGAUCCGGAGAACAACCCUACUCUUGUGGAGGUUCUAGAAGGUGUUGUCCGUCUUCCAGAGACUGUACAUACAGCUGUGCGAUACACCAGCAUCGAAUUGGUCGGAGAGAUGAGUGAAGUGGUUGACCGGAAUCCUCAAUUCCUUGACCCUGUACUGGGCUAUUUGAUGAAAGGCCUGUGUGAAAAGCCUCUGGCUUCUGCUGCAGCUAAAGCCAUUCAUAACAUUUGCGCUGUCUGCCGAGAUCACAUGGCUCAGCACUUUAAUGGACUCUUGGAGAUUGCACGUUCCCUUGACUCCUUCAUGUUGUCUCCAGAAGCUGCUGUGGGCUUGCUAAAAGGAACAGCACUUGUACUAGCCAGACUACCUUUGGAUAAGAUUACUGAAUGUCUUAGUGAACUGUGUUCUGUUCAAGUUAUGGCAUUGAAAAAGCUGUUGUCUCAGGAGCCUAGCAAUGGUAUUUCCUCAGAUCCCACUGUCUUCUUAGAUCGCCUUGCAGUGAUAUUUAGACACACCAACCCCAUUGUGGAAAAUGGGCAGACACAUCCGUGCCAAAAAGUCAUACAGGAAAUAUGGCCAGUUUUAUCAGAGACGCUCAACAAGCACCGAGCUGACAAUCGGAUUGUAGAGCGGUGUUGCAGGUGCCUCCGCUUUGCUGUUCGAUGUGUAGGCAAAGGAUCUGCGGCCCUUUUGCAGCCACUGGUCACACAGAUGGUGAGUGUGUACCACGUACAUCAGCAUUCCUGUUUCCUGUACCUUGGCAGCAUCCUUGUGGAUGAGUAUGGCAUGGAAGAGGGCUGUCGACAGGGACUUCUCGACAUGCUCCAGGCACUGUGCAUCCCCACCUUUCAGCUCCUGGAGCAGCAGAAUGGACUACAGAAUCACCCGGACACAGUGGAUGACCUGUUCAGGCUGGCCACCAGGUUUAUUCAGCGCAGCCCUGUCACCUUGCUGAGGAGCCAAGUGGUCAUUCCUAUCUUACAGUGGGCUAUUGCUUCCACCACCCUGGAUCACCGGGAUGCCAACUGUAGUGUUAUGAGAUUCCUGCGGGACUUGAUCCACACAGGAGUAGCCAACGAUCAUGAGGAAGACUUUGAAUUACGGAAAGAACUGAUUGGACAGGUGAUGAACCAGCUUGGACAGCAACUUGUAAGCCAGCUGCUGCACACAUGCUGCUUUUGCCUACCCCCCUACACUCUUCCAGAUGUAGCUGAAGUGCUCUGGGAGAUCAUGCAGGUUGACAGACCGACUUUUUGUCGAUGGUUAGAGAAUUCCUUGAAAGGUUUGCCAAAGGAAACAACUGUGGGAGCCGUCACAGUAACACACAAACAACUUACAGACUUCCACAAGCAAGUUACAAGUGCCGAGGAAUGUAAACAAGUUUGCUGGGCCUUGCGAGACUUCACCAGGUUGUUUCGAUAGCUCACACUCCUGCACUGUGCCUGUCACCCAGUCACCCAGGAAUGUCUUUUUAACUUAGAAGACACGAAGAAAACAAAAACCAGACUGUGUCCCACAAUCAGAAACCUCCAUUGUGGCCGAGGGGCCUUCCACCACCACGCGCCCCGCCAGCCAGGGAGAGAUCGUAGCCUCCUGAGGCCACCGGAGGAGUUCCUGUGUGGGGGCGGGAGAGGAAAUCAGCACGGUUCACAAAAAAAAAAAAAAAAAAAAAAAAAGAAAGAAAGAAAAGAAAAGAAAAGAUGGCUGCAGCCUUGUCCGGCAUGGUGGGAGGGGAGCUGGUUUCCUGUUGAACUUGUUUCUAAAAGGAAAAUUAAUUUUAAGGAAAUAAAAAAAAAAAGAAAAAAAGAGAAAGAAAAAAUUAUACUGAAGCCAGAACUGAAACAUUCGCCUGGUAGCAGACAACACACAUCCGUCCGUACACACAUCUGCUGCACUGCACAUGCUAACGAGCGUGUACCCGCACCGGGAAAACGAGAGAGCAGAUCGCUCUGUGAUGAACGAAUCAGCUAAGGUUGAGAGACGAGGGUCAGGGUCAUCUCCUGAGGGCUUCUGUGUCUCCCGCUUUUCCUCCCACCUUCCCGUUUCCCCUCCUCUUUUAAGGAAGUGAAUAGUUUCUCCCUCUCUGCCCCAGCCAUUUCUUUUCACUGUUAAGAGUUGUCCAGACAAGGAUAAGUCAAGAGCCUGUCUUGCUUUGUACGCAGCUGCCUCAGUGGUACCAGGACCUGCUGGGGCCACAGUCCCAUGUGUUUGCCAGCCUGACCCUGUGCUGUCUCUAGAGCCAUUCCCCACCCACAAGGGGCGUCGUCAGCCUGAGGCCAUAGGAGUCAAGACUAGGGCGAAUGAGAUACAAGUGUGUAUGUCCUAAAUUUUAGAUUUUUCUACAAGAGCUCUUAGUUAACAUUUCACCCACAGACAUGAGGGAAAGGAAUGGUGGCUGUGUGGGGAAAGUAUUAUAGGGCUAACUGUAUUUCACUAAAAAAAGUGGGAUCACUUGACUUCACUGGGGGUGCGGGGGAGGCAGGGAUAAGCCACCGCAGAUAUGAAUGCUUUGGAGGAGUUGCAGCCCCGCAAUGGCGUUAGAUCCAAGGGUGCUGCUCUGUUUGCUGGUGUAGCCAUCUCAAGAACAAGUCAACAACCCCCCCCCAAAAAAAAAAAAAUGGAAAGAAAAAAAUAAUAAAUUUUUAAAAUUUAA